AUGGCAACCAUUUCAGACCUGCCCCCUGAGAUUAUGCUCAUGGUCACCGCAUACCUCCAAGGCGAGGACGUUCUCAACCUACAACUCACAGACAGACGCAUGAACUCUUUGACGACAGAUGCCUUGUACCGCAUCUUCUUCUCUGAACGACAUUUCGAGCUGUCAAGUAGAGGCUUUAAGCAGCUUUACGCACUAAGCGUCCAUCCUCAUGCCCGCCACGUCAAGACCAUCAUAAUCCGCUUCAAGAUCAAGUCAAAGCCAACCGCCAAAUAUCUGACCCUGCUUGACCGCGUGUUCAGAAACUUCGGUAAGUACGGCAAGCUGUCAUCCAUCGGCGUCCGUCGUGAUCAGUCUAUUGCCCACCAACAGCAUUUUGUCAUCUCCAAGAGGUCCUACGCCAUCAUGAGGGAAUAUCUAGUUGCCCGCAUGAUCCCAGCUACAAGCAAGGCAAGACUGCCCCUCGAGAGCAUUAUCUACGACUUCGUAGUACCCAGGGAUCAGAACGGCUCAGAUCGCCCCUUGACUUGUCAGCUAAAGCAAGCCAUCACCCCAAGCUCGCAUAGAGAAGAAAUCGAGGCUGCUGAGAGCCUCUGGGAACUUCCUACAGUCGUACCUAAACACUUUGACAUCGUCGUCCGCUUUGUGUCUCAGGAACAACUUCUCUCGGAGUGUCCAACUGCGAAGCUCUCACAACAACACGAGACUCUCGCUCUCCUCAAUACAUCAGUCUACCAUCAUGACAUAUUGGCGCGAUGGCUACACAAUCGCCAAAUCAAAUCCCUCAGCUUCCGAAACUGCGACCUCGAUGCCCUACACUUCCUCUACACUCUCGUAUCCAAUCCACUCCGCAGCUUGACAGUCGUCAACACACACCAAUACAAGGACCACAAAACCGGCAAUCCUGACGCUUGGAACCGCCAAAUGGAGUCGUGCACCCGCAGUGCCUGGAUCCGGAUUUUCAGCCUCGCGAGAAGGCUUCCCGAUCUCCAGCAUCUACGCCUCGGGCAACUCUGGAUUGGUGCCAAAGAGCAAUAUGUCGAGCACACCUAUGAGGCUCAAGGACAUGAGAUGGUCGGCAAGAUGUUGGGGCAGCUUUUUAGCCGCCAACAGCCCUCCCUAGACUUUCUAGUCCAGGACAAGACCGUUGUCAAGGAGGUGGAGAUACAGAAGGAGAGGGAGAAGGAGGUGGUCAGUGAGAAGGAGCCAUCAAGAGAAGAACCAGGUCUGGGAGAGAAACAGUCGAACAGCACAAAGAACAAGCAAUGA